GGUUUGAAGUAAGGUUCACAAGAUGACGUAUUCUGAGGAUCAAUCAGGCAUACAAUGAUGGAAAUUCUCAUCUGCCAAAUCAUUCGAUACCAGUCUAUGAGCGUGUCUGCCAUCGGUGCCUGGAGAGCAAUUAUGGAAUACCAGCCACAACAGUACGCCUCAAGGUAUUGGUGAUAGAACGAAAUUGAAAAAUGUGGCUGGUACUGCUACUGGCAGCACGGCCACUAAUGGCUGCACUGGACACUGCUGCUGUGAUUGCGAUCCAAAAUGAGAUCAACAAGCACGCAACCGAGUUGGAAAUGCUCCUUGAACAUAUCAAAAAUCUGAAUGCGCGAGUUAGCGAUCUCGGACGCCCUGGACCGCCAGGUGUCAACGGUUCACCAGGCUUUCCCGGAUCGAAAGGCGAGAAGGGCGAUGCGGGUUUACCAGGAAAACCCGGUAAGGAUGGUAUGCAAGGGAUCCCGGGCGUCAAAGGCGAACCCGGUCCAAUGGGUCCCACUGGAAUGAAAGGUGACAAGGGCAGCACAGGCUACCCCGGUCAAAAGGGUGAAAUAGGAUCUGCUGGAACUCCAGGAAGCAAAGGUGAUACGGGUCUACCUGGGAAAAUAGGUGAGCCUGGCACACCCGGAAUACCGGGUUCGAAAGGAGAGAAAGGAGCUGAGGGUAUGCCAGGUACUCCUGGACAACCAGGUCCUCCUGGAUGGCCAGGAAUCAAGGGAGAUGAUGGGCUGAACGGGCGCCCAGGAUCUCCUGGGUUUCCUGGUAAGAAAGGCGAAGCCGGAUUGGCCGGUAUCCCUGGUGCUCCUGGUGUUAUUGGAGAACGCGGGCUACCUGGAGCACCGGGUCCGCAAGGCAUGAUGGGACCCAUUGGGCCACCUGGAAAGAUUGGACUCCCUGGCGCAAGGGGCCCAGAAGGCCUUCCCGGCCUGCCCGGCCAAAAAGGUGAAACUGGCAAAGAUGGUCUACCUGGCUUACCUGGAUGGCUGGUAAAUGACAAAGGUUAUUGUAUACUUGCGCUAGGGAACUGCCCACCAUCCUUCACUCAGAUUGGAGCUUACCAGGCUCACGUCGACAAUUAUCGAUUUGGAGACUAUUCGCUGGUCAAAUCGUCAGGCAUCGGCGGAGCUGAGGAGCAGUUCGCACUAAAAGUUCAUGCAUGUUGCCGUUAAGUCUCUUCUAGAAAUUUUUUUUAGGGUAGAGAUUGACUUGAAGCCCUUGGUGAUAUAUUAUUUCCCGUUUUCACUUUGCAUUUUCAAUUUUGCAAGCUGCCUAUUUCUUUGUAUAUUUAUGAAUCAGCGAU